AUAGAGGAUAACAAAAAAAACAACCACAAGAAAAAUGAAACGUUUUUCAUUAUUUCCUGGGUUUCAGACACAAAACAUAACCUCAAUCAUCAAAAAAUGAAGAUAAACAGCAAGAAAAUGGGACAAGAAGAACCAGAAGAAGAAACAUCAUCGACCCAAUCAAACAAUUCAAGAACAGACCUUGAAGAAGAAGAAGAAGAAUGGAAUUCAAAGAAACAAACCCUAAUUAUAGAGGUAUCAGAGAGACUAAUCAAAGGAGAUCUAAAUACCCAAAUACAAGCAGCUAAAGAUAUACGAAAAUUGGUCAGAAAAUCGGCUUCUCAUUCUAAAACCCGCUCUAAAUUUGCUGCCGCCGGUGUUAUUCAGCCGCUUGUUUUCAUGCUUUUUAAUUCUAAUCUUGACGCCCGUCACGCUUCUCUUCUUGCUCUCCUCAAUCUCGCCGUGAGAAAUGAACGAAACAAAAUCAAGAUAGUGACAGCGGGUGCUGUCCCUCCUCUUGUGGAGCUUCUCAAGUUCCAGAAUGGUAGUUUACAAGAAUUAACCGCUGCUGCAAUUUUAACACUCUCAGCUGCUGAAUCUAACAAACAAACAAUUGUAGCUUCAGGAGCUGCUCCUUUUCUGGUCCAGAUUCUGAACUCUGGGAGUGUUCAAGGAAAAGUUGAUGCUGUAACAGCGUUACAUAACCUCUCGUCGUGCACGAAGAAUUCCCAUCCGAUUGUGGAUUCUAAGGCAGUUCCCCCUCUCAUUGAACUCCUUAAAGAUUGCAAAAAAUAUUCAAAGUUUGCUGAGAAAGCAACAGCACUGCUCGAAAUCAUUUCCGACUCUGAAGAAGGGAAAAUUGCAAUCGCCGACUCAAAGGGUGGUAUUCUGACUUUAGUAGUGACUGUUGAAGAUGGAUCACUUGCGAGCGCAGAACACGCAGUUGGCGUGUUGCUCUCUUUGUGCCAGAGCGACCGAGAUAAGUACAGAGAACUAAUUCUUAAAGAAGGUGCAAUUCCGGGACUUCUGCAACUAACUGCAGAGGGAACCUCUGAAGCUCAAGAAAGAGCCCGAAUGCUCUUAGACUUGCUUAGAGAGACUCCCGAAAAGAAAUUGGCAUCAUCGGUAUUAGAGAAACUUGUUUAUGAUAUUGCUGCACGAGUUGAUGGCUCUGAUAAAGCAGCUGAAACUGCCAAGCGUCUACUACAGGAGAUGGUUCAAAGAAGCAUGGAGAUCAGUGCGGAUCGCAUCCAGUGUCUGACUGCAUCUUGUACAACUACUGAGAUUUCAUCCACAUGACACACUGACCUACUGGUUGAAGGACUUUUACACGUAACCCGGGUUAGAGUUUUAAUCUGAAUCUUUAUUUUAUUUGAGCAGUUAAAACUCUUGUAAUCAUAACUGUUGUCACCAUCAAAGAAGAUGAAUGAACAAACUAAUACACUGAAAGGAUUUCACUA